AUGACCUACCACAUGAAGCUCUACCACAGCCACGCAGCCGCGCAGCAGCUCUGUUGCACGAAUGGGCAGACUCGCACUCGCCAAAAACCGCGCCUUUGCAAAAGACCGAUGUGGAAAGGAGUUUCGUCUAUAAAGCUAUUUAAAUCCCCCUACCCCUCUCUAGUCAUCGACCCCUUAGAGCGGCAAAAUGGCCGCCGUCCAGACGGCCGUAAGUCUGGCAGAAAACCACAGUUCGGGGGACAUGCACGUUCCCCUGGGCACGCUCCAAGCGUGCCAACUCUGUGUAGGGUGACCAAG